AUGCCAUUCCACACUCGCCCACCCAUCCGUCUCGUAUCGGUGAACACUGUGCCCGAUCGAGCUAAGAAAGUGAUAGGUGCCGUGAUAGACAAUGUCAAGGACAAGUAUGACAUAAUACAUGUUGGCAAUUCCGCGACGAUCGAAGGUGUAAAACCACUCUUGGAAUCUACUCAACCACCUCCGGAUAUUCUGUUCUGCGCAUCCAUGUGGACCCCGGAAGAACAAGAUGAGAUACAGAAGAUUGCUAAAGAAACAAUCCCAGGUAUCAAGACAAACGGUACGCCUACUGGGCUUCAUACGCAAGUUGGGCCCGAUGGAAUUGUGAGAUACCUGGUGGAGAGGAUAGAUGAUAUUUUGGCACAGAAAUAA